ACUAGUUACCUACCUACCGAACCGACCACAAAGAAACAACCCUCUAUAAAUUCCUCCAAACCUCGUACCCCUCUAACAAAAUCGCCCAAAACCAAAACCAAAACCAAAACCAAAACCCUCCCUGCAACUUCCCAACACAACAUAGCUUGAUGAAUGUUUAUCACACGUGACGUGUCACCCCCCUAUUGGCACAUCACGUGAAGCACCCCUCCCCCAAGUAAAAACCCAAUCCACAUGACCCAACCCAUCCCACACCAUAUAACAUGACAAACACAACAAUGUCACACUCCCAAUAGCAAUCGAUUACUGCACCACUCUCCACUCUCCAACUCUCCUCACACCAACCGCCACUAAUAGAAAGCCGCAAUGAACAAAGGCGUAACCCAAGAACCCACCUUGCUCCUCGAUUCUCCCUUCCUCACCUUCCCCUCCGACAACGCCACCGUCCUCUCCAAUUUCCUCCACUUCAACUCGCGCCGCGGAGCAAAACGCUGCGUUUCGCUCGGCCUCAGGGUGGGGGAGGCCGCUGUCAGGUUCAGGAACGUUCUCAACGACUUUAACAGAGCCGUUAGGCUCCACUGCGAGAAGAUCCCAAUUGGGUUCGCAUCGCUGCGCGUUGCGGACGGUGACGGUAACGGUAACGGUAACGGUGAGGGGGUUGGUAACGGGGUUAUAGUGGACGAGUGUGGCGUGCCGGAGGACGAGGGGUUUCGCGGGAACGGCGUGGAGGGUGGGAGGCCUAAGAAAGUUUUGAUUUUGAUGAGUGACACUGGUGGGGGGCAUCGGGCUUCAGCUGAAGCGAUUAAAGCUGCUUUUUACCAAGAAUUUGGAGAUCAUUACCAGGUUUUUGUUACUGAUUUGUGGUCUGAUCACACGCCUUGGCCGUUUAAUCAACUCCCCAGGAGCUAUAGCUUUUUGGUCAAACAUGGGCCAUUGUGGAAGAUGACCUACUAUGGGACUGCCCCACGUGUAGUGCAUCAGUCUAAUUUUGCUGCAACUGGAACUUUCAUAGCUCGUGAAGUUGCUAAAGGCCUAAUGAAGUAUCAGCCAGAUAUAAUAAUCAGUGUGCAUCCACUGAUGCAACACGUUCCACUUCGAAUUUUGAGGUCAAAGGGUCUUUUAAAAAAGAUUGUUUUUACUACUGUAGUCACAGAUUUAAGCACGUGCCAUCCAACAUGGUUAGUUCUGUUUUCUUAUCAUUUCCUUUUCAAAAAUCAUACAAAUUGUCUUAUUUUGACAUCUUAUUUCUUUGUUUUCUUUAGGUUUCAUAAGCUUGUAACCAGAUGUUAUUGUCCUACAACAGAUGUUGCACAAAGAGCAUUGAAAGCUGGAUUGCAACAAUCUCAAAUAAAGAUUUUUGGUCUACCAGUCCGGCCUUCCUUUGUUAAGCCUGUCCGACCAAAGGAUGAACUAAGGCGAGAGUUAGGGAUGGAUGAGGAUCUUCCUGCUGUACUAUUGAUGGGGGGAGGUGAAGGUAUGGGCCCAAUUGAAGCAACUGCCAGGGCACUUGGAGAUUUAUUACACGAUGAGAAUGUUGGGGGCCCUGUAGGUCAGAUCCUUGUGAUCUGUGGUCGUAAUAAGAAACUUGCUAACAAACUGAAUUCUAUUAAUUGGAAGGUUCCUGUUCAGGUCAAGGGAUUUGUUACCAAAAUGGAGGAAUGCAUGGGAGCUUGUGAUUGCAUCAUUACAAAGGCGGGCCCUGGGACAAUAGCAGAGGCCAUGAUCCGAGGCCUUCCUAUUAUUCUGAAUGAUUACAUUGCUGGACAGGAAGCUGGUAAUGUCCCCUAUGUAGUUGAAAAUGGGUGUGGGAAGUUCUCUAAAUCGCCUAAGGAGAUAGCAAAAAUUGUUGCCGAUUGGUUUGGACCAAAAGCUUACGAACUACAACAAAUGUCACAAAAUGCAUUGAGGCUAGCAAGGCCAGAUGCCGUGUUCAAGAUUGUUCAUGACCUCCACGAGCUAGUUAGACAAAGAAGCUUCCUACCAGAGUAUUCUUGUACAGCUUAAUAACUGACACUGAGGGUAUUUUUUGAACCACCAUUCUGAGGAAAAUGUACAAGGCAGCGAUGAUGUAUCACUAGAAAAAAAUCUUGUAUUUUCUCUCAUCAUUAUUUUUCAGAUGCUCAUUUGAAAAUUUUAUAUUAAUUUAGUUUUGAAUGUUUCUUGCUUAUCAAUUACGUUCAUGUUAGAUAAACAUCACUGUUUUAGUAAUUGCAUGGGUCGAGGUUGAAACCUUUGCAGAACCUUAGUCUAUUAAUUUAAUAAUAAUAUGGUACCUGGGCAAAAACUUGU